UAUUUGUGACUGUAUAAAUUCAGCACCACAUAAUUUUUAACUCAAGUUUUUGUUUUCAUGUGUGAAAAAGAAUAGUUUGUGAGAAACAUUGUGACCACAAAACAAUUAUGAUUUUGAAGUACUGAAAGAAAAAACCAGCCCCAGAAAGAUUUUCAUAUCUGUCAAUAUUAUUUUCCACAGAAAAAUAUUAUUUUAUUUAUUAUUUAUUGUGAUGAUGAAAAGUUGAUAAGCAUUGAUGUGUAACAGCUGAAGCUUUUUUUCCCAUAAUUCAUUGCUGAAAAUGCAUAUUUAGGUUGAGAUUUGCUUAGGAUUGAGCAGAAGUUUUGUUUAUUGUGAAGCUUUAUAAAAGGUGUUGAAAUGAGUCAGCCAAAGAUUAAGCGUAGAGUCGGUAUAUACGAGAUUGGGAGGACUAUUGGGGAGGGAUCCUUCGCAAAAGUGAAAUUCGCAAGGAACUCUAAGACCGGUGAAGCCGUGGCUAUCAAAAUUAUUGACAAGGAGAAAGUUCUCAGACACAAGAUGUCUGAACAGAUCAAGCGGGAAGUAGCUACGAUGAAGUUAAUCAAGCAUCCAAAUGUUGUUAGACUAUAUGAGGUCAUGGGAAGCCGAACAAAAAUAUAUAUUGUAUUGGAGUUUGUGACUGGCGGGGAGCUUUUCGACAAAAUUGUAAACCAUGGACGGAUGGGUGAAAAUGAAGCGCGUAGGUAUUUCCAGCAGCUUAUAAAUGUUGUCGAUUAUUGUCAUAGCAGAGGAGUCUUUCACCGAGACCUUAAGCCAGAAAAUCUGCUUUUAGAUUGUAAUGGUGAUCUUAAAGUCUCCGAUUUCGGGUUGAGUGCACUCUCCCAGCAAGUUAGGGACGAUGGACUUCUCCAUACGACAUGCGGAACUCCGAAUUAUGUUGCUCCAGAGGUUCUUACUGAUAGAGGCUAUGAUGGAGCGAAUGCGGACAUAUGGUCAUGCGGAGUGAUCCUCUUUGUAUUGGUUGCAGGUUACUUACCUUUUGAUGAUCCUAAUCUUAUGGAACUCUAUAAAAAAAUCUCGUCUGCCAGUUUUACUUGCCCCCCGUGGCUUUCUUUCAGUGCGAGGAAAUUAAUCACUCGAAUCUUGGAUCCCAAUCCUACGACGCGUAUCACAAUGGCCGAGAUUUUGGAAGAUGAAUGGUUUAAGAAAGACUAUAAGCCUGCGGUUUUUGAAGAGAGUGGCGAAACCAACCUCGAUGAUGUAGAAGCCGUCUUUAAAGAUUCAGAACCUAUUAUUCAGGAGCACCAUGUGAAGGAAAAGAAAGAAGAGCAGCCAACAUCGAUGAAUGCGUUUGAAUUGAUAUCCAUGUCGAAAGGACUCAACCUCGAAAACUUGUUUGAUAUAGAACAGGGAUUUAAAAGGGAAACAAGGUUUACAUCAACAUCUUCGGCCGACGUGAUAAUCAACAAGAUUGAAGAAGCUGCUAAACCUCUCGGCUUCGAUGUACAGAAGAAAAACUUCAAGAUGAGGCUUGCGAAUUCGAAAGCCGGAAGGAAAGGAAACCUUAAUGUUGCCACAGAGGUGUUUCAAGUGGCACCUUCUCUUCACAUGGUUGAAGUAAGGAAAGCUAAAGGAGAUACAUUGGAGUUUCAUAAGUUCUACAAGAAACUGUCAACAAGUUUGGAAGAUGUUGUUUGGAAAACAGAUGAUGAUAUGCCAAAGAAAGAAGCAAAAGAAGCAAAGGAAGCAAAAGAAGCAAAAGCAGCAAAAUGAUAUUAAUGAUACUAUUAAUAUCAUUAUAAAAGUGUAAUAUUUUUAAUGUAUGAUAUUCUAUUAUUUUUCCAAUUUCUUUAUUCGUUAUUUUCUCUACAUGUAGGUUUGUUUUGGACAUUUUACAUAUUUAUUAGUAAUAUGAUAUAGUAUUGUAUUGCAUGCUGUUAUUUUUUUGAAA